AGGUACUGUAACACGAGACUGAAGUGAACCAUGUGACCAUAGGGGCGAUGUGAAGAGGGAAUAAAAAAAACUGUUUUACAUAGUUAAACCUAUACAGGUAGUCUACGGUGAUAUAUAUCAAAAUAAAUCCAUUCAGACAGUAAAACGACUUUGCGAUCGGAUUUAGUUUGCAGAUUAUUUUUCAGACAUUGUUGGGAGAGGUUUAAUCAUAAACACCUCCUGACAUAUGAUCCAGUUUCGGUUCACCCACUCACUCGUUUAGGUGAGGCGGCGGAAGCGAGACGUUGUUUUUUUCGCAAGGAUUUGGAUUGAUCCCGGUUGCCUAAAACGGAUAUCAACAUUAUUCGGUGAAAAGAGCGGCCCUGGAGACUGACGCCGGUGUGCUUGUGCUGCUGAGCACUACUCCUGAUGAAAUGACCCCGACCUGAUGUCCAGGCGUCCCCUUGCUGAUGGUCUACCCUCUUUAGAACCCAUUGGUUUGAAUGGAGAUAACACUGCUCCCAGAUAUCGCGGCCUGGCCUGGUCUCCUGGCUGGGAGUGUCCUACUCCUGGUCUUGGGGAGUAAUCCUUCCAGGGUUGUGGGGGACAACACAACUAAUAGUCUACCCUCUAACACAACUGCCCCAGGACCCAACAUUGCAGCUAUUGUGGCCCCGACUGUUAUACUGGGGCUGCUGGCCAUAGCAUCUGCUGUGCUAGUGUGGCUUUUCUGCGUGGUGAGGAAGAAGAGGCAGACGGAGGGGACGUACCGGCCCAGUGCUGAGGAGCAGACGGGGGCCAGCAGUGUUGAGACACCAGACACACUCAAACUGCCCAAGGAGGAGAGACUCAUCUGAGCCUCUCAGAAGUCUCUCAACACCUGUCCUGUACAUCCAAGCAACAGCAAAAUCCUGAUGACUGUAGAAGCUCCACCUAAAGAGCUGAUGAUUAGCUAGAUAUUAGAGGGUCAUGACACAACGUUGACAGAUACAGGAUGGGUCGAGAGGUACACAGCACCUAGCCCUGGAAGAGGAGGGCCCAGGCACUGUGUACUGUAUGUACUGCAAGCACAUGGACUAGUGCUAGUACAGAACCCGGACACAGACGUUGGGAUAGCUACUACAAGUACCACAGCCUGUAACUAGAACAACUAGAACUGAGGUCCAUGAGGCUCUGACUGCUUUCUCUAUGGUGUGUUAUUUAAUAGCACUGGCAUAUUUGAAUGGGAUAGACAUGUACACAAUCAUUCAAAUGGUCAUACUGGAAGAGGAAACAAACCAUCACCUGCACUAGAUGGAAGAAGACCAGUAUUCAGUCCCUGCUCAUACUCGUCUUUGGUAAAUACAUUUCAGUCUGAGUAUUUCAGUCCUCUGUCUAGGCAAUUUGGCCCUCUCAACAGCUACUAAAAGACUGGAUACAGUCUAACUGCUAAAAUCGUAAGCAGACUGCUGUUAACUGUGCUACCUUGAUACAUGCAAAAAAUGCUAUUGGAAUGUAAUGUAAAUGUUUGUAUAAAUUCCUUAAAUGUAUAGCGUGCAAUAAUAUUUGUUUAACCACUAUGGAUUGUCAGAAAAGCAUUUCAUUGUCUAGAUUUUUACACUGAUUACUUACCUCAAUACAUGUCUCACUACUGAAUCAGUCCUGUAUCAGUCCUGUAUCCAGCUUUACAGAUAUUGACACUGUAAGCUAAUAUUAUCUAGAAAACAUUUCUCCCAUUCGCUGUUUGCGGAUACUGUGUGCAGAACAAAUAAUUAUGUCAUUAUUAAUCAUAUUUAAGCACAAAAUGAAUGAUUGUUUACAUUUGAAUAAUUGUAUUGUAGUAUUUCAGAAUUGUUACAUUAAUUUAACAUGGGCUGAAAUGUGAUACUACAUUAGAUCAUAUAUUCUAUGUGUGUUCUUACCAGUACGCUGUUUGUAUGUUGCAAAGCCUAUGAUGGGACUCAAUUCUCAUCACGUAGAGUUGUUACACAAUGUCAUGACAUAUUUAUCUAUUGUAGCCUACAUGUUAAAUAAAUACUAAUAGUCAUUUUUAGAAUUGGCCACCUCAGUAGAUUUUCUUUGCAUAAUCAGUGCUGGACUUUGAUCAGAUGAUGUCAAGACUUGCUUCUGUCUCUCUCUCUCUUGUGAAAACACAACCAGACUUGUAUGAGGAAUUAACGAGAGGGGAAAAGCAGAAGACAGAGCAUCGUAACAGCUGACAUCAUGUAUCAGACAUCCCUAAAAUGGUGAGUGUGAAAUGUAUGAGAAAUAACGCACUUGCUCAGCAUGCAGACCUUACUAGUCAGCUUUCGGCGAAGCUGUGAUUGACAAAAUAGCGUCAGUCAGAAUUAUUAGCCAGCAGCAACUGACUGCAGGAGCUGGGAAGUGAUGACUGCUGAAAACAAUGCGGCCAAGUCUUUCUGUCUUUAACAGUCACUAUACGUCAGUCUCAUUUUGCCUGUUGUUACGUUCUAGGAAUGCAUUCCAAUAAAGAGUUUAUUGCUACUAACUCAUUGGCAUGAA